UCCUGCCGCACAGCCCAUUGGUAUUUUUGUGUGAUUGUGCUGUUGUAAUCAUGAUGAUUAUUUCAACGUCCAGAAUGUGCGUUUGUCUUCCUCAGUUUCCCGUUUUAUUUGGGUAUUACCCUUACUUCAUGUUUCUCUCACUUCCCGUUCAUUCACCCCCCUUUUCUUUUAUAAAAGAGUGUUAUUCUGAAAUAAAUUUUCAUAAGCAGCUUCAAAGGUAGUACAGAGAGGCUCCCAUCCCCUUCACCCAGGUUUCCCCAAUGGCUACAUCUUACCAACUACAGCGCAGCAUCAAAUACAGGAAAUGGAGAUUGGUGUGAUGUGUGGAUUGCUCUAUACCAUUUUACUUCGUGUGGAGAGAGAUUUGUUUAACCAACUCAACCAUCAAGGUACGGAAUUCUUCCAUCUCUACAUGGAUGUCCCUGUGCUACACCUUUACAGUCGCACCUUCACCCUCCCUGCCUUUCCCAAUCUCAGACAACUACUAACCUGUUCUUCCUUUCUAUAAUUUUACCAUUUUGAGAAGAUAAUGUAAAAAUAGAGUUCUGAACUUUGAGAUGGGCUUUUUUCAACUCAGUGUAAUGACCUUGAGACCCAUUCAGGCUUGUAUCUGUAUCAUAUUUUUUCCUCUUUCUGACGGAAUAGUAUUCCCUGGUAUGGACAUUCCAGAUUGUUUAACCAUUUACGUAUGGUAGGAAUUUGCGUUGUUCCAGAUUUCUGGCCAUUAUGAAUAGAGCUUGUGUCAACAAAAUUUACAGGCUUUUGUGUGGGCAUAAAUUUUCUUUUCUUUGGGAUAAAUGCUCAUGUGUGUCCUUUUCAUCCCUAAAUUAUUGUUUUUCUUUUCCAGCUCCUAUUACUACUUAAUUGGUUACAACACUUACUCAAUAUUUAAGAACUAGUUUAUUCUUUGAUGAACUAACAAAUUUGAUGGACUUUGAUGAGAUUAAUGGGUACAUACACCAAUGGCUGGAGGAAUGUAGCUGUUUGUAAGGUGUCACCAAGGAGAUCCUGUGGAAGAUUUUAAUCCCUGGUCAAAGCCAUCCUCCCAGGUAUGAGCUUGCCCUCCUUUUUGGAAUCACAAGUCUGUCUUUUACACACCACAACUGACUGUUUAUCUAGAGUCUAAAGGAACCGGCAAAGAAGUUACAUUUCUAAUACCCUGAACCUACAGUUAGGGUAGAUAAGGUAUUUGCCUGAGUUCAUAAAAAUUCACAUAAUGCUUCUUGUCUAGAAGAUGUUUCUUAAAGGAUACUCUGUGCAAUGUAGGAAUUUUAAAGAAUGGGAUCUGGCACAGUUAGAGGACUUGCUUUAGAAGGUCACCAAAGGUCACAUCGCGGUCUAAACUUCUGUGAUUUUCUUCAAAAAUCUUGUGAUCGGGAAUAAACUCAAGUGCUGAGAGAGGUUCAGUGUUUAGUAUCACACAGAUAGCAAAUACUGAGGAUGGCCAUUUGGAGGUAGAAGUCAAGAGUGUGAUCUCUCAGUCUAUCUACCCUAUGAACUUGAAAAAUGGUGGGAGUUAAAUUCAGUUUUUUACAUUGAUUUGUUUAUUUUGAGAGAGAGGGUGCACGCCCGAGAGUGAGGGAGGGGCCAAGAGAGAGGCGAGGGAGGGAGUCCCAGGAGGGUCCAUGCUGUCAGCUUGGAGCCUGACUAGGUGCUCAAAUCCAAGCACCAUGAAAUCAUGACCUGAGCCAAAAUUAAGAGUCAGACACUUAGCCAACUACUUAGUCAACUACUUAGCCAACGACUUAGCCAACUCCCAGCUACCCAGGUGCCCCAAAGAAGUUAAAUUCAUUUUUAAAAACAAUUUAAUUAUAAAUUAAUUGUAAUGAAAAAUCUUUCUCUCAUUACAGACUAAAUCAGAGAAAUGGAAUUUAGAAAUCAAACUUUGGUGACUGAGUUUUUAUUUGUGGGCUUAACAAAUUGCUUCCAGCACCAGGUUGUUCUGUUUGUGGUGUUUCUCUUGGUUUAUCUGGUCACUCUUCUGGGAAAUGUGGGGAUGAUCACCCUCAUUGGGAUGGAUUCCAGGCUCCACACUCCCAUGUACUUUUUUCUCAGCCACUUGUCCUUUGUGGAUGUCUGCUCCUCUUCUGUCAUUGGUCCCAGGAUGUUGACAGACAUCUUUGUGAAAAAAAAAGUAAUCUCUUUCUUGGGUUGUGCUGCCCAGUUAUGGUUUUUUGGUCAGUUGGUAGUGACAGAGUGUUUCCUGUUGGCCUCCAUGGCUUAUGACAGGUAUAUGGCCAUCUGUAAGCCCUUGUUGUAUACACUCAUUAUGUCCCGGCGAAUCUGUGUGCGGCUGGUGGUAGGGCCUUAUACCCUGGGUCUUAUGAGCGCCAUGACCCACACGACGUUCGCCUUUCGCCUGCCUUACUGUGGUCCAAAUACCAUCAAUCACUUCUUCUGUGACCUUCGUCCUGUUCUCUCCCUGGCAUGUGCAGACACCCAGGUCAAUCAGGUUUUACUUUCCAUCUUGGCUGGAGCUCUGGGAGUGCUCAGUGGUGUGAUCAUCCUGGUUUCCUACAUUUACAUCGUGGUCACUGUCUUGAGGAUCCGCUCUGCUGAGGGGAGGCGCAAAGCCUUCUCCACCUGCUCUUCACACCUGACUGCCGUCUCCAUCCUGUGUGGGACCCUCUUCUUUAUCUACGUACGCCCCAGUUCUAGUUUCUCCCUGGACAUCAAUAAAGUGGUUUCUGUGUUCUACACAGCCGUGAUCCCCAUGUUGAACCCCCUUAUCUACAGCCUGAGAAACAAAGAGGUCAAGGAUUCAUUCAGGAGGACGUGUGAGAAGAAGAAUCUUCUUCUGAGUAGGUAAACUACAUGCCAUUUGUACUACAGAUUGAGAGGUGAUAUAGACACAAGAUGUAGGGCAUGGGUUGGGUGAUGGGAGUCCU